CAGGAACGCCAUUGGUUCGGUAUACACUAUGAGUUGGCUUUGCGCUAACUCGUAGCAAUCUCUAAAUGGAGGCCCACACGCACAAUCACAGGCCUACUUUUGCAACUAAUCCGCUUCUAUACCGCCAGCGUACUUCUCUUCUACGACGUCGUGUUGGUCUUGUCUCCACCAAAAAACACUGCCACGUCACCUCUCUUUCCCUCGCUUCUCAUCACCACCACCAUCACCACCACCAUUAUCAGAACCAGAACCAGAAUGUUCCUGAAUCCAACUCACUCUCCCGCCGCCACGCGUUGGUCUCUCCUUUCAUUGUCGUCGGGGCAUCUAUGCUCCUCCAAUCAGCUCCAGCCGCCACGGCAGCUGGAGACGAUACCACAGCUGCGAGUACCGCGCCGAGGAAUCCGGAAACAGUUGCGCCCGAGGAGGUUGUCGUUUCGAGAAUAUACGACGCGACGUCGAUCGGAGAGCCGUUGGCCGUGGGAAAGGAUAAGAAUAGAGUGUGGGAGAAGUUGAUGAACGCGAGAAUUGUGUAUUUAGGCGAAGCCGAGCAGGUUCCAGUGAAAGACGAUAGAGAACUGGAGCUUGAGAUUGUUAAGAAUUUGCGAAAACGCUGCGUUGAGAGCGAGCGAAAGAUCUCUUUGGCUCUGGAGGUGUUUCCUUGUGACUUGCAAGACCAGCUCAAUCAAUACAUAGAUAAGAGGAUGGAUGGAGAAAAGUUAAAGUCUUAUGCGUCGCAUUUGCCGCCUCAACGCUGGCAAGAGUAUGAGCCUCUGUUAAAUUUCUGUCGUGAUAAUGGAGUUUAUCUUGUUGCUUGUGGUACUCCACUCAAGGUUCUAAGGACUGUUCAAGCAGAAGGUAUUCGAGGGCUUUCUAAGGGGGAUCGCAAAGUAUAUGCGCCUCCUGCUGGUUCAGGUUUCAUUUCUGGUUUUACUUCUAUCUCGCGUAGACCAUUGGUCGAUGUGAACUUCCCAAAUCGGUUGGUUCCAUUUGGCCCAAGCUCAUAUCUAUCUGCACAGGCUAGAGUAGUCGAGGAGUAUACUAUGUCUCAAAUAAUUUUGCAAACAAUGGUGGAUGGAGGUGCCAAUGGUAUGCUUGUAGUGGUGACUGGUGCAAGUCAUGUCACAUAUGGAGCAAGAGGGACUGGGGUACCGGCAAGAAUUUCAAGGAAGAUACCAAAGAAAAAUCAAGUUGUUAUACUACUUGAUCCUGAAAGGCAAUACAUACGAAGAGAGGGAGAAGUUCCUGUUGCUGAUUUUUUGUGGUAUUCUGCUGCCAGACCAUGUAGCAGAAAUUGUUUUGAUCGUGCUGAAAUAGCUCGAGUAAUGAAUGCAGCUGGUAGGAGGCGAGAUGCCCUUCCCCAGGACCUCCAAAAGGGCCUUGAUCUUGGCAUUAUAUCACCAGAGGUACUACAGAAUUUCUUUGACCUGGAACAGUAUCCUCUUCUUUCAGAACUCACUCAUCGCUUCCAGGGUUUCAGGGAGAGAUUGUUAGCUGAUCCCAAAUUCUUGCAUAGAUUAGCAAUAGAAGAAGCAAUUUCAAUUACCACUACUCUUUUGGCUCAAUAUGAGAGGCGUAAAGAGAAUUUUUUUGAAGAGCUUGACUAUGUUAUCACGGAUACCCUUAGGGGGAUAGUGGUUGACUUUUUCACUGUCUGGCUUCCUGCCCCAACUAUCUCAUUCCUUUCAUAUGCUGAUGAGAUUAAUGUGCCAGACAAUAUCGAUGCUUUAAAAGGUCUUCUUGGGUCCAUUCCAGAUAAUGCAUUUCAAAAGAAUCUUGCUGGUAAGGACUGGAAUGUCAGUCAUAGGGUUGCAUCGGUGCUCAUUGGUGGUUUGAAACUGGCUGGUGUGGGAUUUAUUUCCAGUAUUGGGGCUGUGGCUUCCUCAAAUAUAUUGUAUGUGAUACGCAAAUUCUUAAAUCCAUCAUUGCUUAGUAAUCAACAAAACAAAAGGUCACCAAUUCUUAAAACAGCUGUUAUUUAUAGCUGCUUUCUUGGAACAUCUUCAAAUCUACGUUAUCAGAUAAUCGCUGGAAUAGUGGAGCAUCGAAUUUCUGAUGAAUUUUCUUCUUACACAUUAUUUGUAAAUAUGCUAUCUUUUAUUGUCCGGACAAUUAACAGCUAUUGGGGAACUCAGCAAUGGGUUGAUCUUGCACGCUUUUCGGGAAUACAAGCUCGGAAGAGCGAGCCCGCUUACAGAACACCAGAAUCUUCUGGUCCUGCUGUACUGGAAUGCAACACUACAGAAGAGAGUAGUAUAGAUGAAAUCAAGAACCAAUGAGGUGAUAAUUUUUGUUUUAAUUGUCACUCCAAUACAUAGAUUACUCUUCCAAUGAUUCUGGGAGAGUUGCAGUUUGUAUAUUUAUCCCUGCCCAGGCCGGACUGUGAAUUUUUAAAUAUAAUUCUUCAAAAUUUUGGUGAAUAUAAAGUGUAGGCACCAGCAUUAGCUGCAUAAUAGAUGAAUAUUACAUUAACAUUAAUCGAGCAUUUAGGCCUAUGGUUUGCUGCCACAAGAUUUAGGGUUUGAGUCCCCUCAUAGACAUCGACAUGGUCAAAAGCUAUUGUUUCUCGUUUCUCAAC